AAUGAUUUGUUAAACUACAAUAUGGAAAACAAACUGUCAGUGUACAAAAUCCAAAUUAAUCGACUCAAAUCUUCUUCAACCUCACUAUCAAUGUGUAUUGUGACAUUGAACUUAGCUUGGUCCUACACCGGAUUCAAUGCACCGUUGUCCAUAGGAAUGUCAAUGGAUAUACAGAGAAAAACAUAUGGAAGCAACCAAGAUUUCGUCUAUAUAUGAACCUUUCCUACUUAGUUACUCUCUAUGUUUUUUUUUAUCUAGUAUCCCAACUCUCCAAGUCCAAGUGAAACAGAUAAACACACAUAUAAUCGUAGAGUUAAAACCAUUUGAAUUCAAAUUCAAAUAUUGUACAAUGAAAGAGACAGGAAGUAGGGUAAUUGCCCACAAUGGAUUUAAUGUCCACAAUGGAUUUAAUCUAUAGUCCAUAAUACACAUCAACUAGCACAAUCCUUUCCAAGCACACAAGGCCAAUGAUCAUGUGCCAAGUGGAUUUACGUGAUCCGCCUCACACUUAUAUCAUCUAGUAAUUUUUGCUUAUUCAUGUAUGUUGUAACGGAAAAGGGGCUUGCUAUUGAUUGUCCAAGAGAGCCGUGGCACGAUUUACAUUGUCGAAUUGAUGGUCCAGCUGCAUAUGAUGUCUUAACUAAUUUUGAGGAGCGUUGGUUAAAGGCGUCAAACCCCCAUGGCGUACAGAAAUUGAAAGCAUCACAUGACGAUAACUUGCUCAAACUCGAUAGAAUACCCGAUAUAUUAGGAAUAGAAGAGGUUACUAACCAAAGGCUAGAUGAUCCAGAGACUUGGCAUGUCCAGGUUUUUCGUUCAAUCGACUCCAAUUCGGUUAAAGGUUUUCCUAAUGAGCCAAAAGAGGCCCCAAACAAGAACCUGGUAUGUGGGAAGAAUUUACUGAUAGACAUGAGCAUACAUACAGCUUAUGUCAAGGCAAUUCGUAGCGCCCAACAUUUCAUUUACAUCGAAAACCAGUACUUCCUUGGUUCAUCGUACAAUUGGACAAAAUACAAAGACUUGGGUGCAAACAAUUUGAUACCUAUGGAAAUUGCUCUGAAGAUUGCUAACAAAAUCAGAGCAAUGGAGAGGUUUUCAGCAUAUAUCGUCAUCCCAAUGUGGCCAGAGGGUGCUCCUACAAGUAUUUCCACCCAAAGAAUUCUAUUUUGGCAGAAUAACACAAUGCAAAUGAUGUAUGAAACUAUUUACAAGGCUUUAGAAGAGGUAGGACUU